UCAGAUAAUCAGAAUUCUCUGUUUUCUCGUUAUUCUUAUUCUUAGGGAAGCGAAAACCAAAAACCAAAUCAAACCCUAAUCUCUGUUUUCUCCUUCUCCUUCUUCUUCUUCUUGUCUUGAGUCAAUCCCCAACGUUCGUGAUCAAUCUCUCCAUCCCCUUGUCUUGAGUCAAUCCCCAACGUUAUCGGUUCUCCUCUCACCCUCAAUAUCACCGGCGGUGAAGGAGAGAACGUCGGAAGAAAGAGGAUAGUAAGAGAUCGGGGAAGUGAAACCUACGACUACGAGUACCUAAGAGAGAGAGAAGGUUUCAAUGGCUUUUGUCGACAGAAUCAGAUCAGCAGGCUUUGUUUGGUCACCGUUUGAUUUGCCACUGGAAACACGUCCUCGUUUCGCUACUCCAUCGGCGCCGCCGAGUUCAUGCUCUCUCACCCUAAAUAUCACCGCCGGUGAAGGACAUAACGAGGUUUUCAACAGAAGGAGUUAAUGGGUCUAAUGAGGAGUCACAAUUAAGGAUUUGAUCUGUUUUUGUUCAUUCUAACUUGUUUUGGUCAACGGUAAAUUUCAGGUCUGAUUAGGUAUGGAUUGGUCACCCUUUAAUAUCGGCUCUUGUUUUGUUUUCAAGAGCUGAUUCAAAAAGGAGUUAAUGAGUCUGAGGUUGGUUUACUUGCUGUUUACUACUAAAUGUUGUUCUUGCUCCUUGUUUUGCUUAGCUCUGUUGCAGAUAUUUUCCUCUUCAAGUAUCUUGUUCAUGUUCUUAAGUACUGGAUUUCACACCACAAUAUAAAGGAACUACACAUAGAGCAACUUAGAGGAUGAAGUAGAUCGAAGAAAUCCUAAUAUCAACAAAGAAGGAACCAUACACUUUAUACACUAAGGCACUCUUGUUUUCUUCUUUUGCAGAUAUGUUCCUCUUCAAGUAUGAUGUUAUUGGUUUUAUUUUGCUGAAGGUUUCGCUUGAUCAUUGUUUAAUUUUGCUGCAGGCUUGGCUUGGUCACCGUUUGAUUUUGCUGCAGGCUUAGCUUGGUCACAUAUUAAUCUUGGGUCUGAUUGGUCAUUGUUUGAUUUUGCUGCAGGCUUGGCUUUUCCUAGCUAAAAAAAUAAACUUAUCUCUGUAGUUUUUUUUGUUCUGAUUCAGCUGCUCAGUUGGAAAUCGUUGACUUGUUACAAAAGUUCAUCCACUUUUCACUUUAGAAGUUCACCAUCUCUUUACAUUUAACCUCAGGUUUCGCUUGAUCAUUGUUUAAUAUUACCGCAGGCUUGGCUUUGUCACUGAACUAUAGGUUCUUCCUCUUUUCACUUUAGAGGUUCACCAUCUCUUUACAUUCAAGCUCAGGAGAAAGAAGCAGCGAACGAGGGUAAUGGUUCGAGGACAGGGGCUUUGAUUCCCUACAUUCUCUACGAACAGGUAGUCUCCUAGCUAAAAAGUGAACUUAUUUGUUGGGUUUGAUUAGAACAAUUACAUAUGGUGUCUUCAUAGUUGCAACUUGCAGAUAUGUUGGUUUUAUUUUGCUGCAGGCUUGGAUUGUGUGUUUUUGAUGCAGGAUCGGUCUUCGAUCACUUGAAAAAUGCUUUGAAGAAGUUUGAUGAUGGUCCAUUCUUCCUCGGCGAGCUUAGUUUGGGCUUGGCGUGGUCUCCGUCUAAUUUCAGAUAAGAAAGGGAUGAUGUUUCUUGGCUCUGUUGCAGAUAACAUUUCUCGAUGGUGAUCCAUGUAAGAAGAUAGGAAGAGAUGGGGGCAGUGAAAGAAAGCUACGAGUAUCUAAGAGAGAAGGUUUCAAUGGAUUUUGUCGACAGAAUCACAUCAUCAGUGGUUUCCUUGUACAUGUGUCUGAUUUAGCUGCUGAUCAGUUUGGAAAUUGUUGACGAGGCUUGGCUUGGUCAUCGUUUAGCCUCUGCUCUGAUUUUGUUUUCAAUUGCUGAUUGAAAAGGAGUUAAUGGGUCUGAGGAAUCAAAAUUAAAAAGUUGCAUGGUUUCCUUGUUACUUACUACUAAACUUGUUUUUCUUAUUUCUUAAUCUUCCUUUUUGAGUUAGCUUCUCGUUGGUGUCUUUUGCCUUUCAUGAUUUUUUUCUUGUUCUUGUGAUUUCAGGUUUUCAACAGUUGAUUCAAAAGGAGUUAAUGAGUCUGAGGAAUCGAGAAAAGGUUAUUUUGCUUGUUACUUACUACUACACCUUGUUUUGCUAUGCUCUGUUGCAGAUGAGGCUUAACAAAUUGGUAGGUACUUUCACACCUCUUGCCCCUUUUUUUUUUUGCUUAGCUCUGGUUCGGAUAUGUUCAUUCUCUUAAGUUAGAGUUCAAACCACGAAAUAAAGGUAUAUAUAGUGUCUUCAUAGUUGCAGAUAAUAUGUUCCUCUUCAAGUGUGAUGUUAUUGGUUUUAUUUAGCUACAAGAAUUGGAUUGGUCAUUAUUUAUCUGAAGCUCUGUUGCAGCCUAGGCUUGGUCGCCGUUUAAUUUCGGGUUUUCAAACUGAUUCAAAAGGAGUUAAUGAGGAUCUGAGGUACCUCCGCUUUUCACUUUAGAGGUUCACCAUCUCUUUACAUUCAAGCGCAGAAAGAAAUUGCAGAAUUAUUCGUGUUAAACCUCUUGAGAAUUAUACCGACAAGGCAGCCAAACAAAAGAAAAAAGAGAGAAGAGACAGAAACAACAGCUUCUCUUGUCUCUCUGCUUCGUCAAAAUCAUUUCAAAAGAGUUCUUCAAUAAUCUCUCCAGGAGUGUGGGAUUAAAAGAUGUAUCGACAGGGUUAGACUACUCGCAUUUCAACGGUUACUAAGAUGCUGUGUGACUGAGCUUUAAUGUUAUGGGUUCAUUUGCCGGAAAGUGUGAAAUUGUCGAAGAGAAAGAAGACCGUCAGAACUCGAUAGUUUAUUCCGCCAAGUCAACCCCAGCUAUUCCACAUUCUGGAUCAAGUCUUGUGGACGACAAGGAUCUGGAGCGACCGGUACUGAAGUUAGGCUAUAGAGGUUCACUAGAAGAUGAUAUAAACCAGCUUUUCGAGUCCAUAAGUAUUCGAACCUCCGGAAUGAUUCCUUCUUACCAAGUUGGUGCAAGUAGUAGCAGUAGAAACAACGGUCCUUUACAACGGAACGCUUUGAAAAGUCCCGCUAACCCCGGGGGACCUCGAUCACCUAGCAAGAGAAAUGCGGAACCAGCAACAUUGAAACAAGCUUUGAGAGAUUUAUGCGUCUCUAAGGCAUCUGAAACUGCAGCUACCAAACGGAUCCCUAAGACUAAUACUGGAGGCUCAGUUUAUGGUUCGGUUUUGGUUGAACCAGGAAGUGGAGCUAACGAAGAAGGAAAGGCAGUUCUUGUUGAGUUACUCGACGAGGGUCAAAAUAGUUCAACGGAUAGUAUAUCGCAGCAGCUUCGUCUACUUAAGAUACAUUCUUCAAGCCAAAACUCCCAGGCAUCAAAGCGGUAUUAUGAUGAGAUGACGAUACUAAAAAAAGAAAAGAACUGGUCUCUUGACGAACAAGAAUUGGGUGUCGCAAAGAGGAGCUUUGGUUCAUCAUCAUCGCCUGGAUCAGGGAACAAUAAGACAGUGGUUGGACUAAAAUCAGUUAGAAAAGUGAGGCUGUUGUAUGCUACUACACCAAGUUCUACCAUAGUUAACGGCAAGAGAGUGGCUAAGUUAACCAGAACCAUUCCACGAGGAGGAGGAGGAGCUAAACCGGCAAUAAGGAAUAACAAAGGUUCCUUGAAGAAGAAGGCUACAAAUGUGUAUGAUGAAGUAGAUGGCUUCUAUGAUCCUAUUGCAAAGGAACUUCUCUGCCAUAGAUGCCAUUUCUCUUUGAAGAACACUGAAGCUAAAGAGGAGCCCUCUAAAGAUUCAAUCGUAGAAGCAGAUCUUGAGCUGAACACAAGAGUUAAAGAAGGUUGUUUAGAUGAAUUGGCUUCUGAUUUCUCCAGCUCAAGCUAUGAAAGCUCUCAUGAGAUCAGUGCUAGUGCAGAGACCAAACUUGAUAAGAUAAGAAGCUCCCUCGAUUUGAUGAAUUCAGAGACCUCUCACGUUUCUGCAUUUGGUAAUAAACAUAUCAAAGAUGUUUCUGUAUACGUAAACAAUGAGAUCACUGAGGAAGAUUCUCUACCUGGCAAAAGGGGUGAUCAUAAAGACUCUGUCUUUAUGUCGGAACAGAGUGUAGAGAUUGGUUCUUUCAGUGAGAAAUCUGUUGUGAUGAAUCCAGAUAGUCCUCCGAACAAACGCAGCUUAGACGGAGCAGCAACUGAAGAUGUCAAUGACAUCAACAAAGUUGGGGAAUGUAUCGGAUACAACAGUUCAAGCACGAGUAUCAGCGAGGAAGAACAAGAACAGGGGAAUAAUAUAAUGACAAGGUCUAGCUUUGGAAACAGACCUCAUAUGUCUAAGGAUGUGAGAUGGGAAGCUAUUCAGCAUAUAAGGGCACAACAUGGGCUAGGUUCAUUGGGUCUUAGGCAUUUCAAUCUUCUUAAGAAGCUCGGAUGUGGAGAUAUAGGAACGGUUUAUCUAGCUGAGCUCACAGGAACAAACUGCUUGUUUGCUAUAAAAGUGAUGGAUAAUGAAUUCUUGGAGAGGAGGAACAAGAUGUCUAGGGCUCAAACUGAGAAAGAUAUUCUCAAAAUGCUCGAUCACCCGUUUCUUCCAACGUUAUACGCUCACUUCACGUCUGAUAACUUAUCUUGUUUGGUUAUGGAAUGUUGUCCGGGAGGUGAUUUACAUGUCUUAAGGCAGAAGCAGCCUGGGAGGUGGUUUCCCGAGCCAGCAGCUAGGUUCUAUGUGGCGGAGGUCCUUCUGGCGUUGGAGUAUUUACAUAUGCUUGGGGUUAUAUACCGUGAUUUGAAGCCUGAAAACAUAUUGGUACGUGAUGAUGGACAUAUAAUGGUGACAGAUUUUGAUCUUUCCUUAAGGUGUACGGUGAGUCCAACGCUUCUAAACUCGUCAUCUCCGCUUCACGCGGAUGCGAUAAGACUCUCUUCGGGUAGCCGCACUGGAUCUAACUGCAUUGAGCCCUCUUGUUUCCGCCCUAAACUCUCCCGAGGAUCCGGGACCAAGAAAAAAGGGAAACAACACCGCAUAAUGAUGAAAAAACUCAAGAAAUCUGACCUAAUCGCGCGGUUCAAAUCAUUGCCUCAACUCGUGGCGGAACCAACGGAUGCGAGAUCAAACUCUUUUGUCGGAACACACGAGUACCUAGCGCCUGAGAUCAUUAAAGGAGAAGGUCAUGGUGCAGCGGUUGACUGGUGGACGUUUGGGAUCUUUCUAUACGAGCUGCUUUAUGGGAAAACUCCGUUCAAAGGGGCUACGAAUGAGGAGACAAUAGCUAAUGUGGUGCUUCAGAGCUUGAAGUUUCCUGAUAACCCUAAUGUGAGUUUCCAAGCAAAAGACCUAAUAAAAGGGUUAUUAGUGAAGGAACCUGAGAACCGGUUAGGGACGGAGAAAGGAGCGGCGGAGAUAAAACGGCACGCAUUUUUCGAAGGGUUGAACUGGGCGUUGAUCCGGUGUGCGAUCCCACCUGAGCUACCGGAUUUUUAUGACUAUGGAGUUCCGAAUCAUGAAGGGAAAAGCAAUUACUUGGAUUGCAAGGCGGUUGGUGAACAUCUUGAGUUUGAGUUAUUCUAGUCGCUAUAUAUAGCCAGAUG